AAGACCAGGUGACCAUGACGCAAAUACAAAUAGUACUGAAAUCGACAGCGGGUAAUAAUGGAUAAUACUAAUAGGCGCCGUGGUACACGGAAAUUGCAUUCCAUUCAAACGUGAUGAAAAUGGUAACGUAGAACACGACUUGGUUCGCUCUCCUAGUCUAUUCUGAACGAGGCACUAGGCAACGUCAUACCAACCCCGAAACAAAAGCUACUGUAGCAGCUCAGAAAUAGGUACAUCAUGUCAACAACAAAAAUCAAUAUCCUGAUCCUCAAUCCCAAUUCAUCCAGGGAUAUGACGGAGGGGGUGCGGAAAGCGGUUGAUUCUGUUGCCCAAUCCCAAGGCUUCACCAACUGCGCCUUCCAUUACCAGACCGGCCCGGCCACCAGCCCGGCCAGCAUCAACGACGCGGACGACCUAGCCUCGUCAACCGACGCCGUACUCCCCGCGCUGGGCGAUAUUUCCAGCCUGGACUACGACGGCGUACUGGUCGCCUGCUAUAGCGUGCACCCCCUGGUCGUCCGCCUGCAAGGACAACACGACAAAGCCGUCCUGGGCAUCUUCGAGGCCAGCGUGCUCUCGGCUCUGUCGCUGCUGGAACCCUACGCCGAGACGACUUUUGGGAUCGUCACGACUGGAACAUUCUGGGAGCAGCACCUGACCAACGGCGUCAGGGAUUUCCUGGGCCUUGGAGGGGGGCAGCAGCAGACGAAUAGGUUCGCGGGGGUGUAUACGACCGGGCUGAACGCGGGGGAUUUCCACGGCGGCGUGCCGCAGGAAGUGGUCGAUGCGAAGCUGAAGGAUGCGACCAGGAAGCUGCUCAAGAGCUCAAAAGUCCGGGUGGUGGUUAUGGGCUGCGCUGGCAUGGCCGGGCUGGAAGCCAUCAUUCGAAGUGUUGUGACGGAGGAGUACGGCGAUAAGGAAAAAGUAUUUGUUAUCGACGGCGUGAAGGCUGGCGCUGGGCUACUGCUCGAAACCGUUCGUAGCGCAAGAUUGUUUGCGUAGUGCGGCAACGUGCCUAACUAUCCCAAAGGCAUUUUAUUCGGCUGGAAGUAGUUAUACAUCACAGUCGAGACGAUACGCUCCUAGAGAUCCAGAAACCCAACGCAGAUAAGAAAACCCACACAGUAAAACCCCAUUAGACCCAAACUCCUUGCCGGCAUUCUGUAUUCCCAUUUCCCAUUUCGA